AAAACAUAUCUCCUCAACACUUUCUUAUCCAUAUAUAGCUUUCACUCUUUUUUUUUUAUCCUUAUUAUCAAAAUCUCAACUUUCAACGAUAUUAUGGCAAGAUUUGCCAUUUGGCUAGCGUGCGCUUUAGCUCUUUUAGCUUCCUCAAUAUCCUUCGCUGCAAUAGUGGAGCAUUCUUUCAAUGUUGAAAAUUUUGUGGCGACGAAGCUCUGUCGUGAGCAAGAGAUAACGGCAGUAAAUGGAGGAUUGCCUGGACCAACAAUAGGCGUUAAAGAGGGUGACACUCUCGUCGUCCACGUCUUUAACAAGUCGCCAUACGGCAUUACUAUUCAUUGGCACGGGGUAUUUCAACUUCAAAGUCAAUGGGCAGAUGGGCCAUCAAAUGUUACUCAAUGUGCCAUACCUACAGGACAAAGUUAUACCUACAGAUUCAACGUCACCGGACAAGAAGGAACCCUUUGGUGGCAUUCCCAUGUUUCGUGGCUCCGAGCAACCGUCUACGGUGCGCUUAUCAUUCAACCUAAACACGGCCGCUCAGCCUACCCUUUCCCUAAACCCCACAAGGAAAUACCCAUCUUACUAGGAGAGUGGUGGAAUGCUAAUGUGGUGGACGUUGAGAAUGAGGGACUUGCCGCUGGUAUAGCUCCGAAUAUCUCUGACGCUUACACUAUCAACGGAAAACCUGGUGAUCUCUACCCCUGCUCCGAAAAUGAUAUGUACAAGAUCAAAGUCGAGCGAGGCAGGACGUACAUGUUGAGGAUCAUCAACGCCGCACUCAAUAACCAACUCUUCUUCAAGAUUGCCAAUCACACGAUGACUGUUGUUGCCAUCGAUGCCAGCUACACGGAUCCCUAUGAAACCGACGUUAUCGUCACCGCUCCAGGCCAGACCGUCGACGUCCUCAUCAAAGCCGACCAGCCGGUCGGGUCAUACUACAUGGCGGCUCGUCCGUACGUCAGUGUUCCUCUGCCGACUGUCAUACCAUUUGACAACACAACCACCAGGGGCAUUUUUGCCUAUGAGGGUUCCGAGUCAAAUAACCCCGUGAUGCCAACCCUACCUGAUUUCCUUGACACCCCAACGGCUCACAAGUUCUACACCAACCUGACAGGGCUCGCCGGUGGACCCCAUUGGGUCCCUGUCCCGCUCGACGUGGACGAACACAUGUUCGUGACAGUCGGACUGAGUACGGAGCCGUGUGAAGAGAUUAAUGCCACGUGCCCGAACGGGCAAAGAUUCUCUGCUAGCAUGAACAAUGAAUCGUUCGUUUUCCCGCAGAACGCGUCUAUGCUGGAGGCAUAUUAUUAUGGCCGUGUGGACGGAGUUUACACCACUGAUUUUCCCGACAACCCUCCAAUUGUAUUUGACUACACGAACCCGAGCUUAAGCAACGUCGAACCACUGAUUUUUGCGCCGAAAUCGACGAAGGUGAAGAAGCUGAAGUUCAAUUCGACGGUGGAGAUGGUGUUGCAGAACACGGCGUUACAAGCGGCGGAGAACCAUCCGAUUCACAUUCAUGGUUUCAAUUUUCACGUGUUGGCUCAAGGCUUUGGUAAUUACGAUGCCGUCAGUGACAGUACGAAAUUCAAUCUCGUUAACCCUCAGAUACGUAACACCAUCGCUGUUCCAUCUGGAGGCUGGGCCGUAGUAAGAUUCCAAGCUAAUAAUCCAGGUGUAUGGUUGGUACACUGCCAUCUGGACGUGCACUUGCCUGUGGGAAUGGCCAUGGCAUUUGAGGUUGGGAAUGGACCCACUCCAUCAUCUACUCUGCCACCUCCACCGUCCGAUCUACCCCGGUGUUAAAUUAGAUAUGGUGGACAAAUUUCCUCUGAAUACAAGUCAUAAUUGAUCGCUCUAUUUUAUUAAUUUGUUUGCUUUCGAAAUAGAUAAAUAAAGUUUGUAAGAGGUGGUUAAGUUGCAACCACUAUUCUUUCUU